AUGAACCCGCUGCUCGUGGAGGGCGGCGGUCGGACCGUUUACUUCACGAUGUCGCUGUGGGACCCCUACGACGUGUAUCUGGCGAAGGCGACGUUCGACAUCGACUUCGAGACACGCUGGGACGCGGCCCUCAGUUCGGCGGCGUUUGACGCCAACUGGAGCCAUGGUCUGCCAACCGACGAGCAUCGGACUCUCGUUGACAACGGCGGCACGGUCCGCGUCUCGGCCGCGACGGUCAUGCGUGAGAUGGUCAUCGGCAGCGACGUCUCGCUCGGCGGCGCCGUGCAAGUCUCGCCGUCAGGGUCACUCACGACCGGCGGCGGCGGCGUCGUGCUAAGCCGCACCAGCACCAGCGAGGCGGAGCUGGUCGUCGCGGGGGGGCGGCUCGAAAUACAAGCCGACGCGAACGGAGCCGGCGACAUGAUCGUCGGGGAACGCGGGCCUGCCACGUUCACGCUGACGGCGGGAGAGACGCGUCUGGCCGGCAAUCUCACUUCGGCGGUCUUUGGUUCACGCGCAACGAUCGAGCACUCGGGCGGAACCCUCGAAGCCAAGGAGCUGCUCCUCGGCGGCGAAGGCCAGUCCGAUUACGCGCUCUCGAGCGGCGGCGUCCUUACGGCUCGUGGCCUGAUGGUGCUGGUCGCCCUGUCAACGGCUAGCGCCGUGCCGAGCCGUAUCGGAUUGGUGAUCGGCGAGCGCGGAUCGGCCCAGUACACGAUCAGCGACGGCACGUUGGACGUGCCGGGCGUCGUCUGGAUCGCCGGGCAGGGCGGGUCGCAGGGGGAGUUAGCGAUUGAGGGAGGGGCCGUCCGAGUGGGCGGCGACUUGGUCGUUGGCCAGCAAGGGCAGGGCGUGCUGACGCAGAGUGACGGAACGCUUCAGGUCGACGGGCGUUUGCGGGUUGGAAACGGCAGGCUUGAAGUCACCGGAGGCGACCUCACCGUCGGCUCGUACCAACAAGACACGGGUUCGACGUUGGAG